GUAGAUCCACUUGCCAAACACGAAAUUCGUGGACCAAAUCAACAAAAUCUCACAAGAUCCAACAAAUUGCAAGAAAAAAUUUGGGGCUAUUUUUGGUGGGGAUUUUCGAAUUGGGACAAAAAGCAACAAAAUUAGGCUAGAAUAUGAGGGGCAGGGACUCCAAGAUGUGAAUCAACCAUGGCUCACGAUACCAAGAUGUUGUAGGGUGAAACCCUAGGUGAGAUCUUUUCACACUUGGAGGGGGAAAAGGAUGGACAACAAGAACACAAGAGAGGAAUACACUCAAACAAAACUCAAUCAAACAUCCACUAGAAUAGCAAACACAUGAGAUCCACAAGCAUACAAGAACAAUCCAAGGAAACAAGCACAAAGAUAAGGUUCUUCCCACUCCUAAGGAGGUGAGGUCUUGAUGAUAGUCUUCUCCAAAGAGGAGGUCUUGAAGUCCACUUGGGAUCCUCUCCUAAGAGGUCUUGAUCUCCAAGAGGAGUGGUAGAAGGAGCAAAGCUCUAUCAAUGUCUCACAUAUACUUUGCUAUCCCUAAACAUGUCCCUAGGUACGAAAUAUAUAGGUAUGUGGGCUAGGGGGACGAAGAGGAGGCCCAAAAAGCAGCCCGCGGCCGUCCAUCCUGAAGGGCCCGUGCGCGCGGGGUCUGGAGCCCGUGCCCACGGGGGUGCGCGUCUCGUUUCCAGAGGACUUCUGGGAGGCCCGUGGGCACGGGGUCUUGGGGGGCUGUGCACACGGGGUUGCCUGGGAGGUGCAGCCUUUGUCUUGUUGGACUCCUCCUUCCUCGAGGCCUUCAGGUGCAUCUCCUCCUCCUUUGGGGUGUCCCUUAGCUGCUCGGUGGCGUUGGUCUUCGUACCUAAUGACACAUAGCAUAUUUUGGUGAGGUAGCAACCAAGUUCCAUUCAUGUCCAUAUCUAUCUCGAGUAGGAGUGAGUUCACCUCUGUUUCAAUGGCGCAUGCUUGAGCUCUUGUCAUGGGUCCAUGUGGUGCUUGAUGUGUUGGUAUAGGGUCCAUGGGGAUGAUGGUAGGAUGCUUCGGAUCACUCUUGGUGGAGCCGCCUAAUCCGCUUGGGACGCCUGCCGAUGGGGGCCUCGUGAGGCGAGGGCCUCGCGAGAAGUCUUGCUCGUGACGCUUGUUGGUGGGCCACUCGUUGGGUUCUUGAUAUGCGCAGCGUCCUGGGCCGAAGGCAGACGGGCCUGGGUAUCCCCGGUCCCACGGGCCCGACAAAAGUCUUCCUCCUGACUAACCCCAUCCAAUCCGAUAAUGCUCCUUUUGCCUCUCCUCAUGACAACAUAGCUUGGCCUUAUCGGGUCGGUUAUGUAGAAGCAUCGGGCCACGUCCUUAGCUAAUACCCAUGGCUCAUUUUGGACGGUGAUUCCUUUCACAUUUGUCUCAAUAGGCUCCGUUGGGGGUAUAUUCAUAAUCUAGAGUAAAAUGAUUCAAACCUUUGCAUGCCGAUACCAAAAAUUGAUGCCUUACCACUUGGCCUUACUCCAAAGGAAAGGUAGGUCAUCAAACUUAUCGGUAGUGCAACGUCAUUCACAAGGGAAAUGGAUUAAGGUAAAUGUGCUAGCUUUCCUGCUGCAGGUUGAUUAGAACGGACCUAUCCCAUAUCUAAUAUAUGUACACUCCAAUGGGAAGUAGAGAAUAACGGUCUUCAUGCAAGGCACUCUUCGCCCAUUUGACAUGGAACAUGGGGACCUUGUACUCUCCCGAGUAGUUAAGUUCCCAGAUCUCCUCUUACAUUACCGGUAAAGGACUCCAUCGUCACCCCCAAGUCUUCACUAUCCUUGUCUUUGGCUUCCAUAUAGAAUGUGUAUCCUUUGAUAUCAUAUGCUUGAUAGGUCACGAUAUUGCAUGUGGGGCCAUGUCCCAAGGCGAAGAUGAUCUUUGUUCUUGCAUCACUCGUUGGCAAUGGCUUGUUCCUAAUGCAGUCUUUGAACCAAGCCGCGAAGGAUCAGGCAGUUAAUAGAUGAUAACCUUAACCUCUCGAAGAUAUUUGGCUUUUCAGCAUGUGAACCAGGGGUCUUUAUUGUUGAAUUUGUCCUUUGCAUUUUAUGGCAGUUGGUUGAUACCGCAUUAGAUGAUGAGAGUCUGCUAGAGUUAACCCCAGAAAAGAAAGCUCAAUGGCCAACUAGGCCUCAAGAUAUUAGUGCAUUUGAAGUUUCUUUUUCGGAACAAAAGCCAGAGAAAAUUGAGAAAUUACAGAGGAUGAAUAGUGUGAUAACUAUAGAGCUUAUUGGACAUCUUCUACACGAUAAAGUAAUUACUCGCAUCCUCUCAUUGGCACGCGAAAACAUGCAAACUCAGUGGGGACUAUUCACUUAUCGGUUACAAUUGCUUGUGGCAAACUCAUCCACCUUACAAGCUUCGACGAUGUCCUUGGAAGCAUUUCAGCAGUUGAUUCUAGAUGACCACAAUGUCCAUGGCGAAAAUAAACAUAGUUUGCACAAAAAAUUCCACCCCAUGGUGGCUUCUAACCCUCUAUCUUCUCCAAAUGGACAUUGCCUUGGUGGUAGUUAUUCUGCACUAUGGACUCCUAUCGAUAUGUAUCUUGAGGAUUGCCUUGAUGGCUCAAUUGCUGCCACAAAUUCCAUUGAGAUUUUAAGUGGUUUGGUCAAGGCACUUCAAGCAGUCAAUAGAUCCAGCUGGCAUGAUGCAUUCAUGGCCCUUUGGAUAGCAUCAGUUCGCCUUGUACAAAGGGAACGAGAACCGAUUGAAGGCCCUGUGCCUCACCUCGAAACACGACUAUGCAUGCUUUUGUCUAUUGCAACACUUGCAAUUGCUGACAUAAUUGAGGAAGCAGAUUCACGUCGUGGUGAAACUGACCUCAGCAGUCACUGGAAACAAAAAACAGCAACUGAUGAUCUGCGUAAGGAAUUGAUGUUAAGCUUACAGGCUCUUGGCGAUUACGAAAGUCUGCUUGUUCCUCCUCCAUGUAUCAUCUCGGCAGCUAAUCAGGCUGCUUCCAAAGCUGCAAUGCUUGUUUCAGGAAUUAACAGUGGCAGUGGCUACAUGGAAAGUAUCAAUGAAACUGGAAACAUGAGGCACUUGAUUGUGGAGUCAUGUAUCUCAAGAAACUUAUUGGAUACGUCAGUUUACUAUUGGCCUGGUUAUAUUAAUGGUCAUGUCAACUCCAUGUCUCAUGCAAUUCCUAGCCAACUUGCUGGGUGGGCGGCCUUCAUGAAGGGUACACCAUUAACUCAGUCACUGGUUAGUGUGUUGGUCUCAAGUCCUGCUUCAAGCUUAGCAGAGCUCGAAAAGUUAUUUGAAGUUGCAGUCAACGGAUCAGAUGAUGAUAAGGUGUCUGCUGCUACUGUUCUCUGUGGAGCAACCUUGUUACGAGGUUGGAAUUUUCAGGAGCAUACAGUUCGCUUAGUCGUUAAACUGCUCUCACAUUCUGAUCCUGCUGAUUAUUCUGGUAGAGAGAGCCAGUUAAUAAAGCAUGGUCCAAUGCUUAAUGUUAUUCUAACUGGAAUAUCACCCGUAGACUAUGCUCCAAUCUUCUCAUUCCAUGGUUUGGUUCCAGAACUGGCUACUGUGCUCAUGGCGAUAUGUGAAGUUUUUGGGUGUCUUUCCCCAAGUGUUUCAUGGACGCUGGGAGCAGGGGAGGAAAUAUCUGCUCACACGGUCUUCUCAAAUGCGUUCAUUCUUCUGUUAAGACUAUGGAAGUUUAAUCAUCCACCACUUGAAUAUUGUAUAAUGGGAGAUGGUGCUCCAGUUGGCUCACAACUAACUCCUGAGUAUCUUCUGUUAUUGAGGAACUCCCAAGUUCUUUCUGCCAGCAGUUCAUCCAAAAGUAGAAGCAGCCAGAAGCAAUUACCUGUUACUUCAAGUCGAUCAUCUCAGAACCCUAUUUUUAUGGAUUCUUUUCCGAAGUUGAAAUUGUGGUACCGGCAGCACCAAGCUUGCCUGGCCUCGCCUCUCUCUGGACUUGCUCAUGGAACACCUGUACAUAACAUUGUAGACAGCCUUCUCAACUUGAUGUUCAGAAAGGCCAACAAAGGAAGUACAUCUAUUGGUUCUGUAUCUGGGAGUAGCAGCAUAAGUAACUCCUCUGGUCCUGGUGGUGACGGUUCACAUCUUUGGCCCCAGUUACCUGCUUGGGAAAUACUAGAAGCUGUUCCAUUUGUGGUUGAUGCUGCUCUAACUGCUUGCUCCCAUGGAAGACUAUUUCCGCGUGAACUGGCUACAGGUCUCAAAGAUCUAGCUGAUUUUCUGCCUGCUUCUACUGCAACAAUCGUAAGCUACUUUUCAGCUGAAGUGACACGUGGUGUUUGGAAACCUGCAUUCAUGAAUGGAACAGAUUGGCCUAGCCCGGCUGCCAAUUUAUCCAUGGUUGAAGAACAUAUCAAGAAAAUUGUAGCUGCUACUGGCGUUGAUGUUCCAAGACUUGCCACAGGGGGAACUACUUUGGGUAGACUUCCAUUGCCACUGGCUGCUUUUGUGAGCCUCACCAUCACAUACAAGCUUGACAAGGCAUCCGAACGUUUCCUUAACCUAGCUGGUCCAGCUUUAGAGAAUCUUGCUGCUAGCUGCCCUUGGCCAAGCAUGGCAAUUGUCGCAGCACUGUGGACUCAAAAGGUCAAGCGAUGGAGUGAUUUUCUAGUCUUUUCAGCAUCACGCACAGUCUUCCACCAUAACAAUGAUGCAGUUGUCCAGCUCCUCCGAAGCUGCUUCACUUCUAUUCUUGGCAUGUCGUCAACAUCAUUAUGCUGUUGCGGAGGUGUUGCUAGCCUUCUGGGUCACGGGUUUGGCUCUCAUUGCUCCGGUGGUCUCUCACCAGUUGCACCAGGAAUUCUCUACCUCCGGAUAUUCCGGUGCAUCAAGGACUGCUCUAUACUUGCAGAAGAUAUACUUUCCCUGCUGAUGCUUUCCGUGAAAGACAUAGCUGAGACAACAGUGUCCAGGCAUGGAUCGGACAAGCUAAAGAGGACCAAGUAUGCAAUGGGACAUGGACAGAUCUCUCUUGCUACUGCAAUGACACAAGUUAAGGUGGCGGCAUCACUUGGAGCGACACUGGUGUGGUUAUCAGGCGGUACUACCCUUGUCCAGUCUCUGUUUCAAGAGAUGUUGCCCUCUUGGUUCCUUUCUGUGCAGGAUCUGGACCGAGGAGCCAGUGGAGGAACGGUAUACAAGUUGGGUGGCCAUGCACUUGCCUACUUUGCAAUGUACUCUGGGAUGUUCGCGUGGGGCAUCGACCCGACACCAGUGUCCCGGCGUCGAGAGAGGGUUAUGCGGUCGCACCUGGAGUUCCUAGCAAGCGCAUUGGACGGAAAGAUCUCUCUAGGCUGCAACAUGUCCCUGUGGCGAGCCUACGUUUCAGGCUUCCUGGAGCUGGUAGUGGACCGCGCCCCCUGCUUGUUGCAUGAGGUCGACCUCAAGGUGCUCAAGAAGCUUAGCAUUGGGCUCCGGCAGUGGAAAGAGAAGGAGCUUGCCAUGGCCAUGCUUUGCAGGGGUGGACCGGAGGCAAUGGGUAUUGCCGCAGAGUUGAUAUUGGAUAGCGAGUGGUGACCUACUCUGAUGUUGCUGGUAUUCUUCGUCAUCGAUGUUGCUGAUUGUACAUAACCAGACGACGAGCCUGUGUAUGCUUGGUUUCUCUGGAAUGCUGUUAGGUGUUCUACUCUCCCUAAUACCCCAAUAACAUCUGCUAACCGCCAUCUCUAUCUGUGGACCGUGGAA